AUGACAUACCUAAAUUUAGUGAUUAAGGAGACACUAAGGCUACAUCCUUCGGUUUCUCUUCUACCACCAAGGGAAUGUAAGGAGCAAACAGAUAUUGAUGGAUACACUAUACCACUUAAGACAAGAAUAAUUGUCAAUGCAUGGGCACUUGGGAGAGAUCCUGAAAGUUGGCAUGAUCCUGAAAGUUUUAUACCAGAGAGAUUUAAGAACUCUUCUAUCAAAUUUAUGGGAAAUCACUUUGAGUUUAUUCCAUUUGGUGCAGGAAGAAGGAUUUGUCCAGGAAUACUAUUUGGUUUAGUUAAUGUUGGACUUUCACUGGCCCAAUUACUCCAACACUUUGAAUGGGAACUUCCACAUGAAACUAAUUCACAAGAUCUGGAUAUGACCGAAGCACAUGGAUUAAGUGCAGCAAAACAGAAAGACUUAUAUUUAGUUGCCACAAAUUAUAAAAAUGAUGCAGAAUUUUAG